UUUUGCCAGUCGGUGUGCCUUCGUAUACAUAUUGUUGUAUUGCUUGUGUUACAGUACGGCUCCUGGAAACGACAGUGGCUGGUUCUUAAAGGGAACGAACUGUUACUGUUUGAAACAGGGAACCGAGGAGAGAAGCCGGUUUGGAAGGUAAAACUUGACGAGAGCACUGAAGUGAAAACAGACAACAGUCAAAAUAGCUACCAGUUCUAUCUGAAGUCAAAGAAGAAACGAUUUAGGUGCCAAGGUGAGAAUGACAGAGACCUCUGGGUUGCCUACAUUAAUGGGUUAGCACACGGGGAUUUCGAAAGGUCUAACAAACUGCUACCAGGCCAGAAGACAUCUGUGGACGCAGCAAUAGAAAACUGGAGAAUGCUACAAACCUCCAAAUCUCGGAACCCUUCCCAAAUCGACGAUGGGAUUGGUUCGGAGUUAAGUGAGGAUGCAUCAGGAGACUCGCUCAACUACGGGGGACCCAUCAAGAACCACAAAUUUUAUAAUGAUUCUCCGGGUCAACCCAGACAGCAAACUGUACCAAGUUGGUUCUUUGAGAACUGUUCUAGGCAGUUAUCCGAGAUGAUACUGGAGAAGGGCAAGGACUACGGAAAUGUACUGAUGAGGGAAAGUGUCACGUUUAAAGAUAAUGGCAGCUAUGUUAUAAGUCUGAGACGAGAUUCUCCAAGGGGUUCCGAAUGCGAGCACUUCGAAGUAAUCCAAACUGCAGCAGGCUAUCAGAUAAAUGUGGAAAACAUUCAUCAACCCUGUAGAUGUCUUCAAGACGUGAUGAACUAUUUUCUCCAAGCAGCAGGAUCCAGUUACACAUACCCAUUCGUCACAAAUGAUUUGGCAGCUCUCGGUAUUCAUCGACCGCAUUAUCAGUCUAUCAUACAGUCCGUCGCACCAGUUGGCCAGACCACACAAUCUAAACGACCAGGUACCAGCCAAACUUUGUCAGCCAAGCGACAGAAUUAUCACCGAAGUAGCACUGUGCCUAGCCAAACUAUGUUCGGGAGAAGUUCAGAAAAUCCACUCAGCACGGCCACCCCGUCAGUACCUCCUUCGUCGUUGAGAGAUGUGAUGAGACGAGGAUGGUCCACAGAAGAAAAAACUCCCAUUCCGUAUGUUUCGUCUCGUCCACCUGCUCCAUUACCAUGUCAAGCGACUACGCUGUCAGUUCCUCCACAAACCAUUCCCACAUCUCCACCACCUGUUCCGAUGUCCCCACAACCAGUUCCGGUGUCUCCACUGCCCGUUCCGAUGUCUACACAACCCGUUCCAAUGGCUCCACCACCAAUGCCGGCUCCAAACUCACUGGAGGCACAGAUAGCGGCUAAAGCCAAGCUGAUGAGCCAAAACAGGCGUCCCAGCCAACCAGCUUCGCCACCGCCUCCGCCUGUUCCACACAACGUUUCUUUCGCUCCACCCCCAGCACCUGCAGCACCUGCAGCACCUACAGCACCUGCAGCACCCCCACCACCUCCAAUACCUGCAGCACCGGCGCCACCUUCAGUUCCCACAGCACCUCCAGCACCACCAGCGCCAAUGGCGUCUCAUCAGUUCAGUACUGCAGGGUCCACUCCACCUAUGGUGCCGCCUACUAAGCCAGCUCUGACACAACCACAGAUCGCAUCACCUCCUCAGCCUCUUCAAAUCGGAGGCCAACCGGUGGUCUUUCCUAAGUUAAAGCCCAUAAAGUCUCUGCCGCCGCCAACGAAACCAAAGGGACGGCGCGGUAGUGAGAGCGAUGUUCAAAUACGUAAGUCUCUUAACCUCGAGCAAACCAGUUCUGAGAGUGGAAUCUUCGAGGAAGACCAUCCCUCAGUAAGAGAUGUCCGGGCCAUGUUUGACUCUGGACUUUCUCUCAAGACCACACAACCUACUCCAGCACCCUCUAGUGCGGCGGCUCCAGCAGUUCCUCGGCCCACAGAAACAACAACACGCAAUGUACAAGGUGCAAAUAGGUUUAGACACGCUGGUAACAACUUUUACGCAAAUUUUAGCAAAGAUGCCUCCACCAGCCUUCAUCAUGCAAAGACAACCAGAUUAGCCAUGGCUUCAGAUUAUCAGAGCUUCGCACGUUCUACUCGGCCGUUACCUUCAUUAACAUCAGAUUACAUUACCCCUAUAAGGACGGGGAAGGCAGCUGACAGACAGGCGACAAGCCACGCCCAUCACCCUACACACCCAACUCGCCCGUAUUCAACUAGCUCUGCAACAUUGCAAAGUGGUAGUAGGGGAUCAACCCAAGCCAACCGCCCAGACCGACCAAAUCGGAAAACAUUUACUAACCAAGUUGCUACAAACGCUGCAUGGGUGAAGGAGCCAGUUGACAGACAGACAGCGAUACAAGGCUACUCACCAGUCGGCUUAGAUCGACCGCUUUCUACUUACGAAGCACACGUAAACACUUCUGCGGUGGAGGAAGAGUCGAUAUACGAGGAUUUGGGUCAGUACGAAAACCUUAGAGAUGACUCCCAACAGUACAUAAAUGCCGUGUCUGCAGUUUCAGUGUUAUCCCCACCUCUUGUGGCGAAUCCUCAAACCUUUCCACCGCCACCACCGCCUGCUCCACCUUCAGUGCCAGCAUCUCCGAUCGUUCCGCCCCCACCUCCGCCACCUGGCCAGGGGAGACCACUCGCUCCGGUACCGCAACCGCCCCAAGUAAAUAUACCACAACCACUACCCACGGCAGUGGCGCAACAGGAUGUCUCAGAAGAAACCGAAAACAGAGAGGAGUUUAAGCGACGCCUGGAAGGUUUAUUCGGUGGGGUCGCCAGUGUGCCUUUGAAGUCCCCGACAGUAACGCCGACUAGCGGCCGUCUUACCACCCCUUUGCCGCCCAUUCCGUCAGCUGCCCUUCAGCAUAACCAUGAGAACAUUUACAGCGAACCGGGCAUGUAAAAAGGGGAGCAUAAAUUCACGGAUUGACUGAGGUACAGUUCAUGUAUACAAAAUCUUGCUUGUCAACGUGAAGCUCCUUGAAAACUAUACGACUGACACGUGAACAAGACAUGCAAAUCUCGUUCUACAGCGGGAUUUCAUCUUACAUAAAUUUCCCGCCAUCUUAAUGUUGUAACAAGUAAAGCGAGUUCGAAUGUAAUACAACGAAAAUGUUAUUGGAGUCUUUUAUAUCUGUAGUUUUCUCGCAGUUUUAGCUAAAAGCGCCGAACACUUAGUACAUUAAACACCAGUCGUCUUGUCACUGAAUAUCGUGUGUGCACGUUCAUAUAGCUUGUAAUAGACACAUUUGCCCCAGUGAAAAAAACGAAACAUAUUUCUCUUUGUAUUCGGCCUGUCAAUGUGUAUUCACAUACAUGAAUCCCACCCACAUGUUGUGUAUAUUCACAUAUGAUAGGUAUUCAUAAAUGCUGUGUAUUUAUGUAUGCUGAGUACGCAGAUAUGGUAUGUACUCAAAUCUCCGCUGUAUUCAAAUAUGAUGUGUUAACAAAAGGACCACUUAUGCAGUGAAGCUAUUUACAUUAUGCUAAGACUGGGAAUUGAACAGGAUGAUAUAUUUUUGUGUUUAUAAAGUCAACAUGGUCAACAGAAAAUGUGUAGAAAUUAGAAGAAGUUGUGCACAAAUGGUUGUCGGUAUGAUGGUUACAUAUUUUUGUUGCCACAUUAUGAUAGAAGGCUUGAAUUUUACAACAUACACUUCUCCAUGACAAUAUGUGAAAAAACCAUGUUAAUAAUGUAUGUGCCACACUUUGAUGCUAUUCCUUAUACGUCGUCGAUAUUAUAAUCGUUAGUCACGCUAUUUGAAUAUAACCCCACAACGGUUUGUGAAUAUGCAUAUUUUUAUAUUUGUUGUAGGGUUCAACAGAGUAUAUGGCAUAACAUUUAUAUACAUGUAGGUUCAGUUUUAAAUGUUUUAAAACUUAAAUAUAGUCAUGUAGUUGGAUGCUUUUGAAAUUUUACAUCUGUUACUAAUUAUCUGGUUCUCCGUACAAAAUAAUCGUGUGAAAGUAUUUUUAUUCCAGUCAUCUAUAGCAAUGUCUACCGAAAAUGUAACUGUACUGAAAUCCACCGUUAAAAUUCUCACAACAUAAACUUUUUUCAAAACGAAAAAAUAACCUCGAUUUAUUUUAAGUCAUCCUUUCAAAACAAAGAUGUAGCUUCGAUUUAUAUGACGUCAUCCUUUCAAAACGAAAAUAUGGCCUCGGUUUACUUAAGGUCAUUCUUAAAACAAAAUAAAAACCUCGGUUCCAAUGAAAAUAUCCUUCCCAAACGGCUAUCAGAAGUUGUCUAUUGCAAUCAAGCCGUUAGAAUUCGCCUUUGAAACUUUUACGCCAAUCCCUGGAAUCACUGCAGGGUUUAAGGAGGUACUAAAGAUUUUACUUUAGUUUGUAAUAUGCUCUUUGACUUUCUUGACCUUUGUUUUGCGUUUAUGCUGUAUUUGUAAAGUUUUUUCACAAAACAGUGGCAAACACAUGUAAAUGGCCAGUCAGAAGGACAGCAUUGUGAUGAAGAAGUCGUGUUGCUCUAUGACAAACGUAUGAUCUGUAAUUGUCAACCUCAAGAUAUUUACUUUUAUACAUGUACUCUGCUGUUAAUAUGUUUACCUUAAAUCCAUAUGACUCUUUUCUCGCCUUUUCCAGUCUUACCUGUCAGCUCUUAUCGUGAAUCGUAGUGAAAUCAUUCUAUGCAAUGAUCAGUUGUCAGAAAAUAAUGAUGCAUAUACAGGAAAUGGGUUAACGUCACUAUAGUACCAGGUCUUGGCCGAAUUUCUUCACAUAUGUUGAUUCUCUUCCAUGCUUAUUCGCAACGAUACACCGUUCAAGAUCUAUGCAUUGAAACAGACUAUGGCACACCAGCCGUCAACCUUUAUGGACGUUCCAGGUCAGUAAUCGCCAAGAAAAAGAGCUCGUUUUACUAACCUGUCUUAACGCUAUGCCAAACACAUUUACCAUGGUGACGUUUCUCUUCACUACAUGUUGUCAUGGUAGUUACAACAGGCGCAGCUUCCGACUUUUUUGUAAAAGGAAACGGAAUGACAUUUUAAACCCUCCGUGAGUUGUGGGUAUCUGCUAUGUAGAGUAGAGGAGGCCUUUAGUCCGUGAAGUGUUUACCUAACUUUUGACUUAUGACCUGAACGGUGGAUAAACUUUAACAUGAAUUUAGUGCCAAAUUUAAAAACCAUAUAUUUACUCUUUUAAUUCAAAUGGGAAAACAUGUUCGUCUACCUUUGAUGUAAAAACCCCAACUUUAAUCAUUGUAAGUUGUUUCUAAAUUUCCAACCAAUAAAGUGCUAAAGGAAAUGUUGUUCGGUGAUUAAGGGAUUUCUACCGGGAGCAAAAUGUCCAUAACCCUGCACUGUGGACUACUGCUCUCAUUCACUUUCAUAAAAGACAACUUGUCGUCCUUAAAUCCACGAGACUCGACUUUUAUAUGCUCCCUUCACGUGUCAUGGUAUAUAUUUGUUUGUUAAAUCACUGUGUUUCCAUGAAAAGUUGUACAAUGCUACGUGUUGAAUGACGCGACAGUAAGUCUCAGCAGAAAGGCAUUAUAUUUACUGACUGUGGACUGAUUUAUAUAGCCCAUGAUCACUUAUUGUACAGGAAGUAUAUGAAAUUAUAUGUUUAUUUUCAAUACUUUGCAAAUAUUUUGUUCACAAUAAUAUACCUGGAUAAUUGUUAUCAUGUCGAUAUCUUUCAUCUUUUUUUACAAUAAAUUAUGUUUUCUCAA